UAUUUUGAAUUUAAUAAAAUAUAAAAACAACUAUGUACAACAAUGGAGGAUAUCCUCAGGGACAGCCAAUGCAAGCUCCUCAACCCGGAUACGCUACUGGACAACCAAUAUAUGCUGAUCCUAAGCCAGAAUAUUACCCUGGACAGCCAGCCCCACCGGUAUACCAGCCCGCUACUAUGCAAAUGAUGGGUCCAGGGCCACAAAGAAGUGCUAACGUUUAUGGUAUGACACAAUCAACAGCAUGCUCGUGUCCAAACUGUUCUGCCUCUAUCACAACUAGAACUACUGCUAAAAUUAGUAUGACGCAAUGGAUACUUUGUAUUAUAUUAUUUCUCUUCUUCCCUUGGUGUUGUUGAGCUCCUUGCUACAUCCCUAGCUGCUACCAAAUUCAGCACACUUGUCCUCAGUGAAACUACUUCAUCGGGUGCUCACAGUAGCCGUUUCAAUCAGAAAUAAUAAACAAACAUAUGCUUUGACAGAAU